AUGUUGCGCUCCGCAUCCCCGCGUUUGAGCGGGCCGCCGCCGCAGCUCACGGCGCGCGCGGCGGCGCACCGGCGGCUCGUCCUGGCGAUCUGCCUCGUCGCUGCUUGUACACUGCCUCUCCCCGGUGCCGCCCCAUCAUCCCUUGCUCUCCCUCCCCUCCUUAUCUCCCCCAUUUCCCCCCGCCUCUCCCCCUCCCCCUUCCCACCCAGACCUCCAGUGCCGGUGCUGCUGUGUCGUCACCAGCGCCUCUUCCCACUGUGCCUCCCAUUUCCGCCUUCUCACCCCCCCAUCCCCCCCCAUCUCCCCUUCCUUCCCCCACCCACUCAGACCUCCAGUGCCGCUGCUGCUGUGCCAUCACUAGCACCUCCCCGACCUCCAGUGCCGGUGCUGCUGUGUCGUCACCAGCGCCUCUCCUGUGCCGCCCCAGCUGCUCAUUCCCCUUCCCCACUCUUCCUCCCCUCCUUGUCUCCCCCAUUUCCCCCUUCUCCCCCUCCCCCCACCCACUCAGACCUCCAGUGCCGGUGCUGCUGUGCCGUCAACAGCGCCUCUCCUGUGCCGACCCAGCUGCUCCCAAUAGAGUGCGCCCACUCUCUCCUGCUGCACUCCUGCACCGCACUCGACCCAUCCGAUUUCAGCCGACAACCCACUGAACCACCCCAGCUGCUCCCAAUAGAGUGCGCCCACUCUCUCCUGCUGCACUCCUGCACCGCACUCGACCCAUCCGAUUUCAGCCGACAACCCACUGAACCACCCCAGCUGCCCCCAACAGAGCGAGAGGAGCUGUUGCAAGGGCGGUUGCGGCUCAACCGUGACAUGGGGGAUAGAUCAGUCAAGGAGGCGGGCGGCUCUGCUGCGUGUGAGGCCUCUGUUUUUGAGUCAAGGAGGCGGGUGGCUCUGCGCGUGAGGCUGAGUGGGCAGGCACGCAGUGCCACGUCAGCAGUCGCGAAGUCAGCAGGCCAGGCACCAGCUCAAGCUCCUGCGGCCGAACCUCCUGCCGCACCUCCUCCCGAACCUCUUGCCGCACCUCCUCCCGAACCUCCUGCCGCACCUCCUCCCGAGCCUUCUGCCCCACCUCCUCCUGAACUUCCUGCCGCGCCUCCUCCCGAGCCUUCUGCCCCACCUCCUCCUGAACCUCCUGCCGCUGCUCCUCCUGCCGAACCUCCUGCAGCGGCCCCUCCACCAUCCGAGCCUCCUGCUGCCGCCCCUCCACCAUCCGAGCCUCCUGCCGCCGCCCCUUCACUUCCCCCCGUUGCCCCAUCACCCGAUGCCACUGCCAUUCCCCCCACACUUCCUCCCAUCCUUCCCCCUACACUUCCCCCAGCCUCUCCCCCUACACUCUCCCCCGCCUCUCCCCCUGCUCUCCCCCCAACAUCUCCCCCUGUUCUCUCCCCAGCCUCCCCCCCUGAUCCCCCUUUCGUCCCCCCUCCCUCUCCCCCUCCCCCAGACCUAGGCACCCUCACUCCUACUGCCGACUCCCCUCCCCCCUCCUCUCCCUCCUCCCCUCCCUCCUCUCGCUUCCCUCCUCCCCCAUCCUCUCGUACCCCUCCCAUCUCCCUCAUUCCUGGUACCUCCACCUCUCAUCCUCCCCCGCCUCCUCCUCAAACAAUUUCCAACCCUUCCCUUCCCCCUGCUGCUGAUCCCCCCUCACUUCUUUCCCCCUCCCCUGCUGCUUCCCCUGCCCUUGCCCCCGAGCUUUCCCCCUCUUUCCCCCCUAUAGGUUCCCCUUCCCCCUAUCCCCCUCUCGCCCCCGCCCCCGCCCCUUCCCCUGAUUUCCCCACCGCCAUCUCCCCUGCUCCUUCCCCUGCCCUUGCCCCAGCGCCAUCCCCAGCCGCCCUUCCCCCUGUGCUUCCCCCUGAGCUUCCCCCUGAGCUUCCCCCUGAGCUUCCCCCAGCUGCUUCCCCCCUUCCCCCAGAUCCCCCACAACCCCCCCCUCACCCUCACAGACCCCCUAAACGACACCCCCCACGCGCCCCCCAACCCCCUCCCCCUUCCGAGCCUCCUGCCGAGCCUCCUGCCGUCCUUCCUGCCGAACCUCCUGCCGAGCCUCCGAGCCUUUCCCCUGCUUCCAGCCCUUCCCCCUCCCCCUCUGCUGUCUUCCCCCUUUCCCCUUCUCCUCCCCCACCUCUCUCCCCCCACCCCCAUCGUUUCCCCCCCACUGCCCCCACUCUCUCCUCCCCUUCCUCAUCCCCUCCUCCUUCCCCACCUCCUUCCUCCUCUCACCCUCCAUCCUCACUCUACCCCCCUCCACACACUCUCCCCCAUCCCCCUCCUCCACUCCCCCCUCCCCCGCCCCAUUCCCUUCCCCAACCCCUCCCCCCUCCCCCUCCCCCUCCCGUCCAUCACCCUAUAAAACACCACCCCCCUCUCUAUGCCGGCACACCCCGCAGCUUCGCUCCUGUCACCCUCACACCUCCCCCUCCUCCUCCCUCGCCUCCUCGCCUCCAAUCCACCCCUCCUCCUAGCUUAUUCCCAUCCUUCCCUCCUGGUGCUCUCACCCCUUCCCCGCCUCCUCCACUGCUUCCUCCUCCUCCUUCGCUGCUUUCUCCUCCGCCAUUCACCGUCGGCCCAUCAAGCCCGGCCGCUGUCCUGCCGUCACCGCCGCCACCGCCUCUCAUCCUUCCGCCCCCGCCCCCCGACAGCCGAACCUCCUCCUCCCCCUCCUGCAUUCACCGUCGGCCCGUCAAGCCCGGCCGCUGUCCUGCCUUUUCCCCCUCUCCCCUCUCUUCCCUCUCCCACUCAUCCUUCCACCCCCUCCUCCUGCCUGACAGCCGAAGUGAGUACUCUCCCUUUCAAUCUCUCCCACUCGUUCCCCCCUCCCUUGUCUCAUCACUUGCCCUCUCUGCACUUCAUUCCCACCUCUCUUCACCUCUCUCCACCGCUCCCUCUCGUUCCCCUCUCUCUCCCUUGGCUGAUUGCUUCACUCCCACCAUUCUCCCGACACCCACCCACCCAUCUCCUCUUUUCUCCCACCCCCUCCCUGUUACCCCCACCCUCCUCUUCCACUCCUUCCCUCCCCUGCCUCUGCGCCCUCCCAAUGCUCGCCUGCACUCCUCCUUCGACUCCUUCCUACACAACGUCCCCUCGUUCGCGCGAGAGCUCGCCUCGCCCCUCCUCUUACAGCCCCCUCAAGUGGAGGUCUGGGCUGUCACUUACGAUCCUGAUCCCACGGCGCUUGUGGUGACCACGUAUUUUCUGCCAGUGGAAGGGGAAGGGACAGCAGCAGCAGCAGCAGCAGCAGCAGCAGCAGCAGCAGCAGCAGCAGCAGCAGCAGCAGCAGCAGCAGCAGUAGCGGCGGUGGAGGCAACAGCAGAAAACGCAGCAGGAGCAGCAGCCGCAGCAGCAGAGGCUGGACCUCUUGUGAGGCACCUCAAAAGCAAUCCAGCGGGCCUCAUUGGUACCAAGGUGACUUUUGAGUCGACUCAAAAGUCUCAUCUCCUGCCAGAAGAAAGGAGAAGAGCAGAGGCAGAAGUACAGAGGCACUCACGCUUGCUGGCAGGAGCAGAGAAUGGAAACUCUCAGGGGGAGCUGCCGGUGCAGCUGAAUCGGUCCGAGGUGACCAGGAUUCGGCAGGUGUUGCUGGGAGGAGGAGUGCAGCCUGACCCGAGUUUGUUUGGGGAUUUUACCGUCCUUUUAAUUCUAAACCCGGAUCAACCACUCCCCAGCCCUCCUCCUCCUCCUUCCCCCGAUCAGCCUCUCUCACCCGCCUCUCUCACCCGCCUCUCUCACCCGCCUCUCUCACCCGCCUCUCUCACCCGCUAUCACCGCUAA